UUUUUCAAAUAAUAAGCUUGUUAAUAUGUCCACUGUUGCUCCGCUGAUCCAUACAGUGGCUCUACCUUCAACCUCCCACCUCCCACCUCCUGCCUCCCCUCCGCUCCACUCUUCUGCCUGGCGCCUGUGUUUCGUUGAGGGUGGAGGAGGCAGGAGGUGGGCUGGUCAGCACAGCACCUCCACAACUUGUAAAAGCCUCUAGUUGAAGUGACGUGGGAUAUUAAGAGCUUUUUUUAAUACUCUGGUGACGUAUGAACAAGAUCAAAAGGUUCUAGGACUAGGUAAAGUGACUCGUGAAUAAAGUGUUUUUUUUACGGUUAUGGUGACGGAUUAACUAGACUUCUACCCUGUGAAGAUAAUAGACGGCCUUGGAAAUUCGGCUAAUUGUGUCUGCUGCCUUGGAAAACAGCCGCAGUGAAAGAGGUGUGGUGGCCAGAGACAGCUUUCACUACCGAACAGUGAUGUAACUCAAUAUUUCACAGUCCUGACUCAUCCUCAUCUGCCCAUACUUCACCGCAGUAGCCUACAGGACGAUACACCAAUGAAUUGACGCCUGCAGAUACUUAAAAGGCGGUAAAAAGAUUUGUGUGUCAGGAAGGCCCAGUGAAGUGAUAAGGCAGUUGGCUGUGGCGGGCUGGCGGCGGCCAUGAUGACGUCAUCGGUGGGUCCCGCCCUGCCCGGCGAGUUCGUAUUAUUCACAUUUCUCAGCUCACUUAUUUCGCCUCAUAAUCACUCCAAGGUUUGCCAUUGUCCCAACCCACACACGUGUGCCGCAGCCUGCCGCAGUCCUAACAUGGGCUCGGGGUGGUACAACUGCCUCUUGAGCCGUUGCCUCCGCUGUCGCAGGAACAGUAUAGCAAGCAAGCAACGUUAAUUCGUUUAACGGUUGUUGGAGGAACGUCAACGCUGGUGUUCCCCUCUAAGACGUCAGUGAGAUGGUGUAUGGCCACGGCCGCCCCUUGAAGCUUUUUUAUGGGCUACUUCAAUACCUUCAGAUCUACAAUGGUGUGGCCGCGAGUAUGUCUCCCCUCCCUCCUCCUCCUGCCACUGCUGCUGCUGCUGCUACUACUGCUGCAGGGGAGGGCGGCAGAGGGCCAGGUGUUACUACAGGGUCGCUGCCCACCCAUACCCUCCAAGGCUGACUUUGAUCCUGAUAGAUUCCUAGGCGCGUGGAAUGAGAUCGAGCGUUACUUCGUGUCCUAUGAGCAGGUAGCGGGGAACUGCUGGGUGGAGAACUACCUCUUCGACCCUGACCGAGGCUACUACACCCGCCUGGACUGGAGGGAUAAGCUGUUGGGUGAGGUCCGUAGCAUAGAGAAUGCCAUUACGUUUGACGAGGAGGAACCAGGGAGGCUGUUCUAUGUGCUGGACCAACCCAGCAUCCCCUUCUUGAAUGGGCAGUACCAGAUCCUAGAAACAGACUACACCCACUAUGCCCUGGCCUGGCAGUGCAAGGACCUCCCCCUUGGCCUGGCCCACACUGAGAUCCUGUGGCUGCUGUCCAAGAUGCAGAUCCCCACACCAGUUACUAUCGAACAGGCUAAGGAGGUGGCCACGUCGCUCGGCCUUGACACCUCUCUUCUCAUAAAACAGGACAGGACAAGCUGUAUUGAUGACCGGCAGGGGUAAUGUGUGUAUAUGUGUGUGUGUUUUUACAUACAGUACUUAUUUUCAUUAUUUAUGUAUGUAUUUUUCACAUGGUUUUGCAUUUGUGUGUUUUUACAUAUGUAUUUUGUUUCUAUGUUUAUAUUUCUCAAAAUGUUGUAGUGUAAGUGAUGUCACCAAGUUAGAUAUUGGUUUACUGGAAUGCCAGUCACUAAGCAGAGGUGAAGGAGGAUUAUUGAUGUAUUCGUAAGUGUCUUCAAACUUUCCUGAGUUACAUUCAAGUGGUUCUGUCCUGCCACCACGACUGUUAUAAUUUUUUGGGGUAACCCUGUCAGACCUACUUGGGGACCGGCAUCUAAAUGGGGCUUUUGUGUAAUUGUUUUUGUUGCCCUUGGCCAGAUUUUCCUAAAAAAAAAUAAUCUAUCACUAGAACCAUAAAACCACCCUUGAAAACACGUCACUUCAACCAGAGUCUUUUGAAAUGAGUGAAGGUGUGAGCAGAAGUGUUUCAGAAUAAUGGCUUUAUUUCUUUUAUCCUUCAGUUAAUGUGCCUUCCUUGCCUCUCAUCUCUUGGAGCCUUCACUCUGCUGGUCAGUUUGAUGCAGUGAUGUACGUAUGUGUGUGUGUGUUCUUUCAUAGUCGAACUGUAAGCGUAGGGACAUGACCUAACCUAAUCUGAAAGGCGAGGAACACUAGACAAAUAUUUGGCGAUAACACAAGUUAAGACCAAGAAGAAGGGCAGCUGUUGUAAGGAUCUUGAUGUAUGUAUGUAUGUAUCUGUGUUUUUGCGGUUGUGUUGUGUGUUGACAUAACCUAAUCUGAUGUGAAAGGCAAGGAACAUUAGAUAGAAAUGAUUGGCGACAACACACAAGCCAGCCCCACCCAGGGAAUAAUGAGAGUGAGAAGAAAGAAGGGUAUAGGUGUUGGAAGGUUGUAGGUCAGUUAGUGGGUGUGUUAGGGGGGGGAGGAAGAGCUGCAAAGGCAAUGUUGUUUUGACGUUGGGAGAGGGAUAGGGGCUUACCUGGAUGAUGGGGAAGCAGAAUGGACUGAGGAAGAGAAGGAAGUGGAGAGUGGAGUGAGUCAGAUUAAGGCUUGUUAGAUUUUUUUUUUUUUUUUUUUUUUUUUUUCCCCAGUUGGUGUGUGUUCCUUGCCUUUUAAUCUUCUUGGGGACAUUUUUUUUUUUUUUCAUUUCUUGUGUGUUCCUUUUCUUUUUAAUCAUUAUCUUCUUUUUCUUUUCUUCUUCUUCUCCCCUUCUUCCCCUUCUUCCUUCUUCUUUUUCUCCUUCUCCCCCUUCUUCUUUUUCUCCUCCUCCUCCUCCUCCUCUUCUUCAGGAUUUGGAAUAUUAUUAGCUGUGGGGAUUAAGUUGUCUCAGCCUGUUGUGCUUUUCUUGUUUGUCAAUAUGUAUCAGUAUUUUUGUGAAGCAUUCAUUAACUUUCCUACUUUUCUUGUGUAGUUCGUCUUCCUUUGUAUUUCAUUUGUUUUUAGUUGUAUUUAUUUAACUUUCAUACUUUUCUUGUAGUUUUAUCUUGAUUGUUUGUAUUUCACUGUUUUGGUUGUAUUUUGUAGCAAUCAGAGUCUUGUUGUUGUAGUUUGUGUCAUGUAAUUGCAUUUUUUGUGGAAUAUUUAUUAUUAUAACAUUCAAAACAUUU